AUGCCGAAUCUCCUACACUCUGACGAGAGCUCAGAUGCCUCUUCAGAAAAUGAGAGCUUUGCGCAAGCAGAACCUCUUGAUACAGAAGCGGACAUUCAUUCGCCUUUACAAGAAGUGAAUCUCACGAAAGAUAUACCUUCAAAAGAGUCAAAGGUAGCCAUACGGUUCCAGCCAAUUGGCUCGACGCCGCUCAUUAAACCGCAAAACUUUCAGGUUUCAGGGAAACAGACAAUCAGCUCAAUUAUGAAGUUUCUCAUGAAACGAUUACGUCUAAAAACUGUACACAUAUAUGUGCUGAGCUCAUUCCAACCAACACCAGAUGAAAGUCUUGAGUCGCUACAUACACUAUUCAAAACUAACAACGAGCUCAUUCUCAGCUAUUGCGAGCAGAUUGCAUACGGUUAG